CCGAACAAAAACAACAUAGGUGGGUACCUGCAAACAGAUAUCCGAUAAUCGUGCGGGGGUUUUCCUGCGCUUGCGGUCAUCAUCAGUACCGAACGACUAACGGUUGCGAUUGGACGCACGAUUGGCACGCGGGAGGAUUUUUCGCGUUUUUCGAUGAUCCUAGCGACGGCGGAGUCGAACUUUUUCGUGGUUGCUUGCUUGCUAUUCUUCGUUUGCUACCCGGUGCGGAAAUCCUGAAUCGCCGGUUCAUCGGAGACUGAUCGGUUCGGUCGGUAGCUCGCGUGUUGCUUGCUGCUCUCGUUUGUUGGGCGAAUCGAGCGACUGCUGUGUCUCGGAUCGGGUCUACUUUAUCGGCUGCUCAUCAUCAUCGGCGGAAAGUUGCACGAGGCAGCAGGCGUAUGGCCAAUAUUUGUGUUGCAGGAAAUCGAUUAUGUGUUGUUUGUGUUUUGGCGCAUGGUUGACGGCAUGAAUAUUGAUGAAUACGGUUUUGAAUUGGAAAUCGUAGGUAGAAGAAAAUAGCAAACAAAUCUGUGCUUAAAAUUGAAAUAUCAUCAAAAUUAUGCUAGAAUGUGGCAAAUGGUGGAUGUGAAGAAAAAAAAGUAAAAUUUAUUGAGCUUGGUGAAAAUUAAUAUUGGAACUCGCUGGAGCAACAUCAAGGAAAACUCGAACAAAAAUUGACCCAUGGAACAGAAAGCUGGAGAAAAUAACCCCACAGCACAGAGAGAUGAAGAAAGAGCUUCGCUCGUGUACGGCAUGCGGUGAGCCCAUCUCGGAUCAGUUUCUCCUCGAUGUGGGAGGAUGUUCCUGGCACUCGGCCUGCCUCCGGUGUUGCAUUUGCCACACCCUACUAGACCAGCAGCCGUCCUGCUUCCUCAAAGAUCGGCAGGUUUACUGCAAAGGUGACUACGCAAAUUUCUUUCUUUCUUCCAGACAAUUCGGAGCCAAAUGUGCCCGCUGUAUGCGUCCGAUCGCCGCCUCGGACUGGGUUCGUCGAGCCAGAGAGUUUGUAUUCCACCUGGCAUGUUUCGCCUGUGAUAUGUGCGGACGACAACUUUCGACCGGGGAGCAGUUCGCCCUCGCCGAUGACAAGGUGCUCUGCAAAACGCAUUACUCGGAACUGUUCGACUGCGGCACAUCCAGCGAUGAUGGUUGCGAGGCCGAUAGCUACCAAAAGAAUAACAAAACGAAACGGGUUCGGACAACGUUCACUGAAGAACAGCUUCAAAUACUGCAGGCGAACUUCAACAUCGACAGCAAUCCGGAUGGGCAGGACCUGGAGCGAAUAGCUUCGGUCACCGGGUUGAGCAAACGGGUUACUCAAGUUUGGUUUCAAAAUUCACGCGCUAGGCAGAAGAAACACGUUCAAGUUCCUAGGGAUGGAGAUAUGAAUCCCUUCGCUCGGCAUAUCAACCUGCAGCUAUCGUAUACAUUCCAGCAGUCCAGUGUAAUGUCCCACCAUGGCCCUAUACAUCUGGCAGCCGGAAUGAGCAACCUUGGCCCCAUGACCGGUAGCCUUAACGGCACCAGCAGUAAUGGCCCCACAAAUGGCAGCAGUAUGGCUAUAAAUUUUAACAAUAACAACAGCAUAUGUUCUGCAAAAUCGUCUCCCUUCAGCCGACACGGUAAGUUGGAAUCGUCACUGGAUGGAUUAUCAGAGGAUUCGGCGGUGCAAUGUGUGCAAAAUGAAAUCUAACUUCGAGCAUUCCUUAGGCCUGCGCUUGUGUUAGUAAACUCCUCGUACUGAUAAGCUAUUUAUUUCCGAUGUGUAAAUAUAGUUCUAGAAUGAGAAUGAAUGUACCAAUCCUUGAGCAGCAAAAUCAAACUGCGUGAUUGUAUCUCAAAAUAUGUUGAAAAUUUUUAGUCUAAAUCAUAUCCCUAGUGAAAAUAAAGUGAACGUGAGACACCAGAUGGUUUUAGGUAUAUUUAUGUUUGAUUUUUUUUUCGUUGGUGACGUAUGAGUUAUGCUUAAAAUUAAAAUUGCAAAUGAAAUUUGCAAAACGUGUGUGUUAGAUCGAUUAGGAAAAUUU